CGCUUCCGCAAUCAAAAACAGCGUCGUUUCUGGUCUGAGCUCAAAGACCGAAGAGAUGUUUCCCUGAAUAUAAUGAGCUGCUGAGAGACGGACGAUGAGCACGAGGCUGGUGUGGGGGGUGAGGACACACGCGCGCGGAUUACUGCGGAGAAUGCUAGCUGAGGGGACAACCGAUACCGGCCUGUUAAUGUGCACUGUAUCCACGGAGGGAGAGAGAGAUGGAGAGAGAGAGAUGGAGAGUACGCGCUUCAUGUAGCCUCGUGAUGGAGAAUAUCUGAGGAUUUCUGUGUGUCAUUGCGGAUUGGACUGUGCCGUAGUGUCCGGGUGCAUCCGCUCCUGCUCUGUCUGUGUGUGUGUGUGUGUGUGUGUGUGUGUGUGUCUCUGUGUGUGCGUGUGUGUCAUGGGCUGAAACAAGCCAAGCAAGAGGGAUCGAAGAAAGCAAAUUAGCACCUGUUAACAGAAUAGCGUAUUCCCCCUGACAUUGGCACAUGGAUUUCAAGACCUCAAAAGAAGAGACAAAGACGGGACUUUAUCUACUGCAAGAUGGUAAUGAAGAGCCCUUCAAUAUCAGACUGCAUUUGUCCAAAGACAUUCUAACCAUUCAAGAGCAAGACGUUAUGUGCCUUUCUGGGGAACCCUUCUACUCGAGUGAAAGAACUGUAACGAUACGACGGCAAACAAUUGGAGGAUUUGGUUUAAGUAUAAAGACUCUUUCACAGGGUGGUGCAGAACACAAGAUCCCAAUUGUGAUUUCGAAAAUUUCAAAAGAGCAGAAGGCCGAGCUCUCUGGUCUUCUGUUCAUUGGAGAUGGGAUUCUCCAGAUAAAUGGGAUAAACGUCAGAAGUUAUCGCCAUGAAGAAGUUGUUCAGGUUCUACGGAAUGCUGGAGAAGAAGUAACUCUGACCGUGUCUUUCCUGAAAAGGACGCCCGCCUUUUUAAAGCUGCCCAUCUGUGAAGACUGCACAUGUGUACCAAGCGACCAGAGCAGUGGGACAUCAUCUCCACUGUGCGACAGUGGUCUACAUCUGAACUAUCACCCCAACAAUACGGACACGUUGUCUUGCUCGUCUUGGCCAACGUCCCCAGCGCUACGCUGGGAGAAGCGAUGGGUGGAUCUACGCCUCAUCCCACUCCUCCACGCUCGUCUCUCACAGUACAUCCCUGGCUCCGAUAUCUCCAGGCAAAAUGCGUUUCAGGUCAUCGCAGUGGAUGGUGUCUGCAGUGGGAUAAUUCAAUGUCCUAGUGCUGAAGAGUGCACUGACUGGCUUCAAGCAAUAGCAUCCAAUAUAUCUGUUCUCACAAAGCACAAUGUGAAGAAGAUUAACAGAAACUUUCCUGUAAAUCAGCAGAUUAUUUACAUGGGCUGGGUGGAUGAGAAGGAGCAGGACUCUGUUCAGGACCGCAUGUACACACCAAAGUUCCUGGCGUUAAGGGGUUCAUCCCUUUUCAAAUUCUCAGCACCUCCAGUAACGACUUGGGACUGGACCAGAGCUGAGCAAAGCUUUACUGUCUAUGAGAUCAUGUGCAAGAUCCUUAAGGACACCGAACUGUUGGACAAGCGGCGGCAGUGUUUCAGCGUGCAGAUGGACACGGGGGAGGAAGCCGUGUUCAGCGUGGAGCUGGAGAGUGAUCUCGUGCUCUGGGAGAAGGCCUUCCAGAUGGCCACCUUUCUCGAGGUGGAAAGAAUACAGAGUAAAACAUACGCCUGCAUCACAGAGAGCCACCUGAUGGGGCUUACGAUAGACUUCAGCAUGGGCUUCGUCUGCUUUGAUGCAGCAUCGAAGGUCGUGUUGUGGCGGUACAAGUUCUCCCAGCUGAAAGGAUCCUCUGAUGACGGCAAGAGCAAAAUCAAGUUUCUCUUCCAGAACCCAGACACGAAGCUCAUCGACGCAAAGGAACUGGAAUUCUCUAACCUUUUUGCUGUUCUGCACUGCAUCCAUGCAUUUUUCGCUGCCAAAGUGGCAUGUCUGGAUCCAAUGUUUGUGGGCAGUCCGAAUUCCACAGCAGCUACAGCGGUGCCCACGCUGACCUCAGUCACCUCCCUGGGCCAAGCUGCCAGGUUGAAGUACUGGAGUUGAACGACUCGAUAUUUCCAGCUCCGGCUUCCGCGACAGCGGAAGAAGAAUUUUAGCAGCAGUGACUGAUUUCCUUGACCCAAAACUGAAAUAAGUCUGGUGUGAUAUAUUUUGAAUAUGGAGUGGAGGCGUGGAUGUGUCUGUUCGGUUGGUAUUUCCUAACCGUGUGUGCUUUGAAAACAGAUUUCAUUUUGAAUACUUAUAGGCACUAUCAAGUAUACUCAAGUGAUAACACAAAUAGAGCAACACCUUUGAUUAUUUAUUGACUUUACAGGGCCGUGCAUAAGUAUUCACCCAUUUGAACGUUUCCACAUUUUGUCGCAGGAUCUCCAUUUGACCAGCGAAUGCAAACCAUCUGAAUAUUUUUGCCCAUUCUUCUUGGUGGAAAAAAAAAAAAAGCUCUCCCACCAUCAUAUUUCAGUGUGGGGGUCGGUGUUCUCAGGGUGAUGAUUUAUAAUAAAAUCAGAUGGCACUUGCACAAAAGCAGACUCCAUUCGGCUAAUACAACUUCUGACAGCAACUGGUUUGUUGAACCUGAACUAAUUUUGGGGUGAAUAAUCAUGCAUUCCUAACUUGUACAGUUUUUCCUUUCCAAAUAAUUUUGCAAGCUCCAUAAAUUUGUCCUCAAUUUGAAUUCUAUUCAAAUUUGUUGCAGGUUGUAUCACUUCCAGAGAGGUGAAGUCAUGUGCAGUAUGUAUUUAUAAAACUUAGUGUGUACACAAAUGUUAUAAGACAAAGGAUUCAAAGGACUCCUAAAUACAGUAAUUUCCUAUCAAUUAUGUGAAAUUCAGACCAAGCAGGGUACGGUAACCCAGUAUACAAAGUCAAUCUAAUUUUAUCUUAAUGCUCUGUACAUACUGGUUCUUGUCCUUACGAUUUUGUUAAUUUGAGCAUGAUGCCCUCACAAGAAACAAAAAAGUAUGUAGCGUAGCCCAAAGCAUUCAAUCUCACCACAAGCCCUUUUUUCUGUCUUUGUUCUGGUUUUAGGUUUAGUAUCCUGUUAGACUGAAAAACAGUACGCGAUAUUAAGAUUCCACCCCUCUGUAUUUCACGAUGAGUUUGUGAUUCCUUUGUCCUGCAAGAUGCUCAGAAAAAGAAACCAACCCCACAACAACCUCUCCUUCAAGACUCAUCAUUGCAGUGCACUUUAGUCCAGCAAUUUACCCAAGUGAAAUUUUUUACUCGAGUGUGUUAGAUGCAGUUGGUGGAAUAUUGAAGGAUCCAUUUCUUUUUGAAGUGCUGCAGCAUUUGGAGACAGACUACUUUCUUAGUGUUGCGAAAGACUUAAAAAUGAAUUUAAGACAAUUCCGGCUUCUCUACUCUUGAGAAGAUUUUUGAUGCAUCACCGAAAGAGUACCACUCUU